AUGUACGCAUCUCGGUCAGUCUGUUCAAGAUGCUCAUCUCAAUUGCGGUCGACUCCGGCUCCAGCCUCGGCCAAGCGGCUUGGGGCUGCAGUCUCUUAUUCCACUGCACCCGAUGCCUGGUCACCAGCGUCUGCUGCUCAAAGACCAAACAACACAAGAAGGGAUUCAAGAACACAGUAUCCAGGUCAAAGAAAGGGCGUCAACGCUUUCAAUGAAACGAGGCAACCAGACGAGGACCCUGCAUUGGCCCUCUUCAAAGAGGUUGUGUGCCCCAGGGAGGAGAAUGAUACCCCCCCAGGCAAGACUUAUGUCAGAACUUCUGUCACUACGCCUCCGCCUACUCUCAAUGAGCUCGAAAUUACGGAAUCAAUCAAAAACAUCAUGUCAGGGGGGCUGCCCGUGGAGAAAAUGUACCGGGUUUUUCAGCAUGAGAUCUGGCCAAGCAUCCGGGCACUUGAAGGCCACAUCCCCAAACCAGUUUACUCGGCCGCACUUCAACUUCUCGCCAAACAACGCGAAUAUAUGUUGCAGGAAGGUGACUAUCAUGGCAGUGUCGACGUAGCAGAGAAAUACAAGGCCCUCGGAAAUUUCGACCCCAGCAUCAGGAACGAUCUCAUCAUAAACAUAUGUUGCAGGGCCAUACUGGUAAAAAACGGCUCAAAAGAACGUUCCGAAAUAAGAGGGGAGAUCUUCAAUUUGUGGAGACAUGUUUCUCAACUCAAGCGGCCCAGCGAAUUCGGCAAGAUGCUACGGUUCGCGCUGCCUUCUGAGGCAGAAGUCAUGAGGGAUACUGAGUACAUCAGGACUGAUGGGUCGAUGUCCCAGGGGGCACAAGCAACUCGUGCGUUGGCCUCUAUAUUCCUCCAACUUCCACCUCCACAGGCACAAGAAAUCAUUCCUGCGCUUUUGGCUACUAUAUCUUUCGCUUCCGAUAAAAGACACGCAGGUGCUUCAUAUAGCAUAAAGCUGUCGCCUUUGUUCCUUCUUGUCAAACCUGUGUUGUCAAAGUACAAAAUGACGAAAGCUGAUGUCAAGGAUGCAUUCUCAAAGCCUUCUGCUAUCCCUCCUGCAAGGUUCGCAGAGCUUAAGGAAUAUGUUGUCGAGCAGUGGCCAGCAGCACUCGGAAUGAUCAAGGAAGCCCGGCAGGCGACUAAUAAAUUUCACCACGAUCCUGAGGCGCAGAGAUAUCUCAUCAACUUCCACAAACAGCUAAAAACGGCCUACAAAGCGCGCGAUCCAGGCGGUGUAGGCUCCAUCUGGCACUCAAUGACAGCCAAGCUACAAGAAAACCCGGCUUUCAAAGCCGAGCUAGCCGAGGACCCUGCUUUUCUCGACUUUUGGGUGUUUGUGUGGUGUGCGGUCCGUCGGCCGGCUCGAGUCCAGGAGACCGUCAACUUGAUGAAGUUACUCAAGCUCGAACCCACAAUCAGAACGUACACGAGCAUGAUGCACGGGUGGAAGAUGUGCAAGGACAUUGCCAAGAUUGAAAUGCUAUGGGAUCAACUCGUCAAGUCGGGUACGAAGCUAGACAGCGUCAUCUGGACUGAACGUGUGUCGGCUCUUAUUGAGCUCGGACACCACCAAAAGGGCCUCGAGGCACUCUCGGAACUGCUAGACAACUGGCGUCAGGCAGUCAAGAAGGGAACUCAGGAUCAGGCUGUGGAGCCCAGCAUCGAGACUGUCAACGCUGCCUUCAAGGGCUUGCUACAUGCAGAUCCCAAGGCGGCGCACGAGCUGCUAGCCUGGGCUGGAAAGCAAGGUAUUGAACCCAAUACCCGUACCUACAACAUUCUCAUCCGUGAGACCAUCCGUAUGGGUCUUCAUGACGAGAUCCACCAGCUUCUGCGUUCCAUGCAGGCGCAUAACAUUGAGCCUGAUUCUGCGACUUUCACCAUUCUUCUCGAAACGGUUAUUGGCAGCAUGCACGAUGCCAGCGCUGAGGAACAGGUCAGGGCCAUCAAGUCUGUCUUUAGCGACAUCGAGCAAGCUGGCCUCAAACCCAAUCUCGAGACAUACGGCAAGAUGCUUUACGCCCUCGACGGUCUCCCCAACUGCUCUGACGAUGUUAUUGCCGCACUGCAGAAGCACAUGCGCGAAAGUGGUUUUGGUUCCUAUCUCACUCCACACAUGAUCACCAUCCUCAUUGAGCGCGCCCUUCGUCAUGACCCUCCUGACAUGAACAAGAUUCGCUCUUUGCUCGAGAAGAACAACCUCAAGACAGUCUCCAGCGGUGACCAAACACUCUGGGAGCGAGUUAUGACUGCCUAUGCCAUCAGCGGCGAUAUCAAGGAAGCCAUGUAUGUCUUUGACAACCUCGCUGCCUCUGGUCGCCCUGUCACCUCGCUGCCGUGUCUUACUGAGCUGAUCCAGGCCCUCCUCGAGCGUGGAGACAGAGCGGCUGCCCAGAGGGUUGUGAAUAUCGUAGUCGAGUACAAGCUUAACAACAAAGAUGACAAGGCUGCGAACCAAAGAUACUGGAAGCAUCACUUCUGGUACAUGGCUCAGCAUAAUGGUCUGGUGGAUGGUCAGAAGCUGAGACAGUAUGCUCGUGGGUAG